AUGAGCCAACACGUUAUCACGUUCAUUGGUCCUACGAUGAGCGGAAAGAGUACUUUACUUCACCAAUACAUGAGAUGUGAACGGCUGACUUCAUAUACGGAAACCAUAGAUGAUGAGUACAAUUCUGUAAUCAAAACGAGUUGUGGUGAAUAUGAAGUUCGUUUGAAUGACUGUAGUGGAAAUGAAAAUUACUCGAUGCUUCGCGAUGAUCAUAUUUUGGCAUGUGACACCUUAGUCUAUGUUUUCUCAUUGACAGACCAUGCAUCGUUCAUUAAAGCAUUUUCAGAAGUGGUCGACUGCUUAAACUUGUUGUUUGAAAACAGAGAACAAGCUCAAAAGCCCAAGUUCGUGUUAGUAGCAACAAAGAAAGACGUCAACAACAGAAGUGUGACUUCCAAUGAGUGUUCCAAUUUGUCCAAAUUUGCUCAGGGUAAAGUCGACUGCACCCUUUGGGAACUUUCUUCUUUUGAUCAGUCUGAAGUGGACGCUCUUUUUCAGUCGUUUGUUGGUGACAGCCAAUCCAAGAAAAGUUUACCCAAAACGCCAGUGAUCAAAAGAAAAUCUCCAAAACUUUCGCAGUCCACUUCGGACGUGGCUGAAGUAAAAAAAUUGGGAAGGUUCUCAAAACUGUUCAUCCCAAAAGGUUUAGUGUUCUGA